CAACCUCUAGUUCACUUUUUUCGAUUUCCGGCAAGAUAAGGUACCGGUUAAAGGACACGGCCAUUACGCCACAAAUUUUCUGGCAUCUUACGAAUCAUUUGUACGGCGAUAUGAAGUACGUCAGGUCGCAUACAAACAUCUGUUAAUAAACAUAACGCGAUUCGCAGACAUUUUGUUUUCAUAGGUUUGUUUAUGCCAGAAGAGAACGUAAACUCUCGUGACGUAAUGCGAGCAGAAUCGAAAGAGCAGGGUCGCCACUUCAUCGCAUUUGAUACUUUUCUUGCCAAUUAACUAAAAGUACCAUUGUCGAACUUAGAAACUCUUUUUUCUUCAAUGUGCUAUCGUUUUUCGAAAACAACAAUUCAUGCAGCUAGUAACGAACAUGGUAUGUUUAAAAGGUUAAAUCGUUAGUAUUAGAGUGCCAAACGGGAACUUGAAUUCGAUCAACUAUAAGAGAAACAAAUAGAUAACAGGGAGAGAGGGCGAGAAAGAGAAUCGUCAGAAAUAGAAAAGUUCUGAGUCAGCUGUUUGCUCUGUGGUUCGUCGCAUGACCACUUGAGAUUUAAUCUAUUAUGGCGGCAAAUAAAAGUGUCAUCGUUCUUACACCCGACGGUCGUCGACAGAAUGUUCAAGUUACUCCAAAUACAACUAUUUUACAAGUGUUGGAAGAAGUUUGCCAAAAGCAUGGAUAUAAUGCAAACGAUUAUGAUAUUAAACACUUCAAUAAGAUAUUAGAUGUAAAUUCCAUAUUACGUUUUACUGGUUUAUCUAAUAAUGCACGGGUGGAAAUGGUACCUUGUAAAAAGCCACGUAAUACAUCCAAAGUUACAGUGGGUAUACUGUUAGAGAAUGGUGAACGAUUAAUGAAUGAUUUUUUACCAGAUGUCACUUUGGCACAAGUUUUAACGACCAUAUGUCCUAAUGAAGAUCGCAAAACUGCAGUAAUAAUAUAUAUGCAUCGUGAGGUACAUGGUCAAGAUUUAGAAGAGAUGACUUUGAAAUCGUUAGGUCUUACUAGUGGUAAAGCUAUGCUACGGAUGAUACAUCGUGAUUUAGUGCAAUUAAAAACACAGGCACAUGUAUCUACAACUUUAAUACCAAAGUCUACGAAACCCAUAGAUGAUGAUUGCACCAAGUAUAAUAAACAACAAAGGAUUCCUUCCGUAUCUUACGAAGGCAAAGUAUUAGAUCCUAUUACAUUGUUGAAAGAAGAAAGAAAUAAAAUGAAAUCACAAGAUUUUAAGCACAUAGAAGAUAUUAAAACAAAAGACGAAGAUAAAAGUUCAAAUAAUAAUAGAAAUAAGGAUAAUGCUACGUGUGAUCAGGAACAAUUAUCAAAUUAUAAUGAUAUGAAAGACAAACUCGGUACAAAUUUCCAUUCAAAUGCAGAAGAAGAGAUAAAUAUAGAGUUUUUGGGAGAACGAAACGCAUUAGUAUUUGAUCAAGCUGGAGCACAAGCAUUGCCAAAAAUUGAUUUACCAGAUAGUUUUUUCGAUUUGACGGUCGAAGAUGCAAAGAUACUCCUACGAGAUGCUAAACGAAGGAGAGAAGAGCUAGAGGAAGCACCACUUUUGACCGAAGCUCAACGUCAACUUGAGCAAAAUAAACGUACAUUAGAACAACUUAAUAAAUAUCGCAGGACAGUGAUUCGUAUUCAGUUUCCAGAUCAAUUCGUUUUCCAAGCUUGUUUUAAACCUUUAGAAUCUGUGCAAGUUAUUAAGGACAUUAUUAGAAAUUAUUUAUGUGAUUCAUCUUGUGACUUUACUCUUUAUACUGCUCCACCAAAACACAUUUUAAAUCCAGAUGCACGAUUAAUAGAUGAGAACCUUGUACCUUGUGCUAUUAUAUAUUAUUCUGGAACGUCAUCUUUAAAAUCAUCUGUAAAAGAAAAAUUAAUAGAUCCUAAAAUUGCCAAUAUACAAGCAAUUAAAUCAAGAAUGACUAUAAUAUCUGAAGAAAAAGUUAAAACAAAUAAAGAAGAAAAUAAAGUAAUCAAAGAUAUCACAGCUGUUCCAGGACCCAGUGGUUGUUAAUUGCUCAAAACACAAUAAAUAAUAAUUAUAUUAUAGAGUAAAUAAAGUAAUGUAAUAAAUAAAUUCGUAUUUAACAAA